AUGUCUAACUCUAGUGGCAUCAAACCUAUUGACAAGACAUCGAUUCAUCGCAUUACGUCGGGACAGGUUGUUGUGGAUCUUCAAACUGCAGUUAAAGAGUUACUUGAAAACAGUAUCGAUGCUGGAUCCACCAAUGUUGAAAUUCGGUUUAAAAACUACGGAUUGGCUUCAGUGGAGGUGGUAGACAAUGGUUCAGGAAUAAAGGAAGAGGACCAUGACAGUAUAGCUCUCAAGCACCACACCUCCAAGCUCGAAACAUUCUCCGAUCUGACAACCGUCCGUACCUUUGGUUUUCGGGGAGAAGCACUUUCAUCGUUAUGCGCCCUGAGCGAAGAAAUGACAGUCUGUACAGCGACUCCGACGACCGCGCCGCGGGGUGUAACGUUAACAAUGGAUAAUGGCGGCAGAGUGAAAGCAAAGAGCAAGGUUGCGAGAACUCAAGGUACAACUAUAUCUAUGACCAAUCUAUUCAAGCCAUUACCUGUUCGAAGGAAAGAAUUCGAACGGAAUGUUAAGCGAGAGUUUGGGAAAGCUCUGUCGCUCCUGAAUGCAUAUGCACUGGGCCCAUGCGCAGAAUCUCCUGGCAUUCGGCUGACAGUGAGCAAUCAACCAGACAAAGGAUCAAAAUCUGUUCAGAUCCGUACGCUAGGAGAAGCGUCUCGCCGUGCAUCCGUUAUUGCACUAUGGGGUCCACGAGCAUUGGAUAAUAUUGUAGAUCUGAAUCUUGAUUUCGAAGUAGAGCGAGAGAGAGCCAGCGUGAAACGACUUCAUAGUCAGGCAUUGGACGCUGAACCCAUUCCAGUACGGGUUCAAGGGUUGAUUUCCAACUUUGCACUUGGGUGUGGGCGUACAGGGACAGACAGACAAUUCUUCUACAUAAACGGUCGUCCAUGCAACAUGAACAAAGUUCAAAAGGCAUUCAAUGAAGUGUACCGAUCUUUUAAUGCAACUCAGAACCCCUUUAUUCUUGCUAACUUUGUUAUACCGACUGAUUCGUACGAUGUCAACGUCAGCCCAGAUAAGCGGACCAUCCUUUUACACAGCGAAGGCAACCUAAUUACAGCGUUGAAAGCUGCGCUGGAAGAAUGCUAUUCUUCUGGCAGAUCGACUUACACAGUUGGCGGAGGCUCCACACAAGGGCCAUCGGCAAAGUCGAUACAGACCUUACUCGCUCAAUCUGCCCGGCAAGGGAAACCAAUCCUUGAGAGAUCCGAGGGCAAAGACUUGUCUAAUGAACGCGAUGACUCCCAAAAUUCGAGUGGACCAGCUUCUCCAGCUCGAGAAGGCGCCUCACGCACAACCCCUGAAGUCGAUAACCUUGUCACAACUCGUUCUCAAAACACACCCGACGACUCCAUGGACGUCGACGAUGAACCGGUAAUCAUUGACAGUUCCCAGACGAAAUGGGGUCGCCAAAUGGGUAUUUCAACCACUCGUUCGACUACACUAUCCCCACCUCCUGGACCAGAUCAAGCAGAUUCAGACCCCCUUCACGAUAAUUUGCCGUUCACUGGUGUAGACCGACCUCUUCCCAGUUCGUCCCCUCCGACUCCACCUUCCAAGGCACAGCACAUCACCAUCGAAGAGCCGACGAUUGAUUCGGACGACGGAUUUGAUUCCGGAUCAACACGCGCACGUAAGAAGAGAAAGUCCGACAGAGGGCCAAUCACCAGCAUUCGGGCUGAGUCAGUGAAUGACGAGGAGGAAGACGAGCACCGGACUGAGAUCGAGGAAAAACAAAAUACUCCAGGCGGUGAUGAUGAUCAUCGCGCUGGUUCUUCUACCGCGAACAAAGGGGGCAGGGGCGGCUACAAAGCGGGGUCUAAGAAUAGAAUCUCUGGGUCUGCGAGAAAGCCGGGUGUGAGCGCUAGUCAGAUGUUGCUCAGUCAGCUGGCUGGAUUUGCUCGGACAGGAAGCCGAAUAUCCUCAUCGGCGUCUCAAGUCGCUACCGCGCCAUCACCUGAAGAAAUAGACGAGGAAGCAGAGAGACAGGAGGACGAGGACGAGGUUGAACAAAUCGAUGAAAAUGAUGAAUCUUCGAAAUCAGUGGACGAAAUUGACGAGUUAGAGAACGAUGACCACAACAGUGAAGAGGGCGUUUCGCAUAUGGCUAUACACAUUGGCACCGCCAAUCCGGUUUUAAAAGGAAAAGUUUCUUCAAAUAGGGUUGCCGCUGAUAACCAACUGAUCGACCUCACGAUCGACGGAGAGGAAGACGAACAUGCAGAUGAGGAUGCCCACGACGAUGAGAACUCGAUGUCUGUCCUUACUCAAGUUCUUCAAACCACUUCAAGCACGCCAUCGAAUAUUUCGACCAAAGAUAUGCCGCCACAUCCUGAAGUUAUCAAAACCGAAAAUUACGGGCGCGAUAUAUACAUGAAGAUUAACGUUGACAAGAUCAAACGAGUGUGGUCUCGUAAGCUUGAGCUAGAUCAGCCUGAAGAAACACCCUCGAAUGACGUUGGAAAUGAAGCUGUGCCCACUAGCGUCCCCGCCGAUGCCGGAAUCACGAAUACCGACGACGACGCGAAAGCAGCGGACGCGCUUGCUCGGGUGAUCGAGAAGCAGGAUUUCGCGACUAUGGACAUCAUCGGCCAGUUUAACCUUGGCUUUAUCAUCGUUCGAAGACAAAAACAGUCAACCAUGAGUGGCGGGUCUCAGCAAACCGCUGAUCAGACGGAGACUAUGUUGGACGAUCUGUUCAUUGUUGACCAACAUGCUGCCGAUGAAAAAUUCAAUUUUGAAGAUCUGCAAUCUACGACAAAGAUUCAAUCACAAAAACUUCUAAGGCCAAGGCCGUUGGAGCUCACAGCUUCCGAUGAAAUACUGGCUUUAGAUAACAUCGAGGUUCUUCGACAGAAUGGUUUCGAGGUCGAUGUCGAAGAGGAUAACCCCGUGGGCCAAGGCAGUCGUUUGAAGCUUGUUGCUCAACCAGUCAGCAAGAGCACGGUAUUUGACAUGAAAGACUUGGAAGAAGUGAUUCAUUUGAUGCGCGAUCGACCCACAGGGCAGAUGGUCCGGUGUUCAAAAGCUCGUGCCAUGUUUGCUUCGAGAGCUUGUCGAAAGAGUGUUAUGGUUGGAAUGCCUUUGAACCAUCAUCAAAUGACGAGCGUGAUACGACAUAUGGGAACCAUGGACCAACCUUGGAACUGUCCUCACGGGCGGCCCACGAUGCGCCAUCUUUCUGAUAUCAGGAAAUCCGGCUCAAAGUCAAGAGAAUGUAUCGAUUGGUCAUCUAUCUCUUAUUGA